CCCAGCUCUCACACAUUAUCUCAAGCUUCAGUCUUUCAGAUUUUUGCACAUGUAGCAGGUCCUCUGGCACAAAGUUUGGCCCCUUCUUGCUACAGGUUGUAAAAUAAAAUGCUUAUGGAGCUUUGGGCAAUGCUAUGAAAAAUAUUUACUGUUUCAGUUUCUGAAAUGGUCUGUAAGUUUUGGUUACUUAAGCCAGCAGGGGAUAGGGCUUUUUCACUUCCAGCUCCCCAUGUACCAUUCGUUGGAUGGCAUUUCUAGAGCUGGUAAUUGCAGUUUGUUCGAGGUUUCUUUAAAUUACUGAGUGCCUCACACCUUUUAUGUUCAGGCAUUUUGCUACUCCUUUCUGAAGAAAGUGAAUGUGCAUUGAAUGUGAUACUAGAACUCAGCGUCAGAGUUUGCUUUUACCUAGGCUCUCCCAGGUCUUGUAGCGUUGGUAUCUCUGGAUUGUAUCCUGAAUUUCCAAGUUUGAAGGAUAAAGGCAUUCCUUCCGACAAGACACCCCCUUGACCCAUUACUGUAAGCAUUAUUUUCUGGGAGCAAAGGUUACGCUUAGCAUGGGACACUGGUCAGCACAGUUAAUUUUCGCUCGCUGUGGCAUUUGGUGUGAGACAAAAUGCAGGAAUACAGCGCGUGUUAUUCUUGCGGGGAGGAGUGUGAAGUACACGAUGGGGCUCGAUGCCCCAGAUAUUGGCACCAACUUACUUUCCUUCUUUCUCAGCCCUGGAGGCAGGAGGGGCAAGCUCGCUCUCAGCGCUUUGCUGUCACAUCACGCCCACUAUUGUGAUUUCUGCUCCAGCGGGCGGUGAGGGGCUGGCGGGGCACAGGGACGUGCUGGCGGCUGUUUCCCCCAGAAACGAGCUGUCAGACGAGCUGUCCCCACGCCUCGCUACGCUGUGUCCCGGCCGUGGGCCAGCCCCGCGUCCCGGCGGGGCCCAUCCCGGCCCAUCCCGGCGCGGCCGGCGGGGGCGGAGCCGGGCCGGGGCAGGGCGGCGGUCACGUGGCGGGGUCACGUGGCGGGCGAGCCGGGCCCAGCCGCCGCCGCCGCUCCGGGAGCGAGUUGGAAGAAUCCAGGGGUUUCAAGUUUUGAGUAGCGGCCGUCUUACAAGAUUACCACACCUAAACUGAAAAGGCAGAUGCAGCUCUGAGUACCCGAUUGGUGUGUGCACUGCAUGUACAUGAAAACGCACAUGUUUUUGUCAUCACGUAGACUUGCUCUGGCAUAUUCCUGAGAGCUUUGCAAUUGAUGAAAAUUAAUUUGAGAGCCAGAUGGAGCACCUUCGCAGCACAGGAAUCAGUAAUCCAUGGAAAGACACCUGCCAGUAAUGUUCAACUUUCCACAUGGUCUUCACGGGUGAAAAAAGUCUGCAAGAAGAGAAAGAAAAAGCACCCUCUGUGCGGAAAAAGCUUAAUAAAUACCUCCCCAAUCUAAAUUGAUAGCUGUGAGGGAAACAGACGAAUCAAGAGGGCAGAGGAAACUGAUUUAGUUCUAGCAGAGGAAUAAUGUAUGGUCUUCGGCACAUUUUGCUUUGGGCUCAGUAGAUUGUGAAUGGACAAUAUAAAUCGUGACCUUCUGCUGAGCAAUGAUGACUGGAAGUAAAUAAGUUGAGGAACUAUGGGACAAGUCUGGGCAUUGAACUGAGCAAACCUCGCCAUCCUUCUUGAGUUAACCAGGUCAUCAAACUUGCAUAUCCUUUCUCCCUCUCCUUUUUCCUCUUUUCACUUAGUGUGAUAUAAAUACUAGCUAAUUGAGCUCGUAAAUGUUAUUCAAAUAAAACGAUUGGAAUACUUCAUAUGUUUCCUUCUUGUACAGCUGCAAAUGUUGUGUCUGGAACUAUGAAUCUGUGCGGUAGACAAGCAUCAAGAAGGAAAGAUCCUAUCAAACAAGCAAGGAAAAUAUCUAGAGAAAUAGUGAACCCAGGAAGUCAGAUUUUUAAUGCUGCUUCUCUUUCUUUUUUAGAUGAUUAUAUUUCUUCCUUCCUUGAAUUUUAGAAGAUUUUGAGAGAGUGCUUACUUGAAAGAGUGCUUUAAUUCUGGCAUUUGUUUUUUAUGGUAGAAUGAAAAGUCUGUGAUUCCUUGUAGCAGAAAAAAAGGGACAAGUAAAGGAAAAACAGCUUGACAUUUUAGCCCGUUUCACAGGAAAGAGAACUUCAUGGUUCACCUGAGGCAAAUGUACCUACUUUAAAAGCUAAAAGCUUUAGAGCAUUUUUGAUUCUGCUAUAAAUGAAGAGAGGGUUCUUUUUCAUUCGUGUGUGGCAGCAAAAAGUGGGAAAGCAGGCAAGAUAGCGUGAUAAACAGUUCAGGCUGUGUUGGGUCUCUGGUGGAAAAAAAGUGCUGCGAUGAAAAUUGGAGUGGCUUUGGAUUGCAAAAACUUUUGAGUCCAACGAGCGGUUCAGUACCAAGAGGGAUUUCCCAACUGGCCUGGCACACCAGUGCCUGCACAAGUUCGGGUCUGUUGUUUCACACGGUUUGUGUGCCUUUUUUUCCCUUUAUGCAAUCUCUUUCAGCUUUAGCAGCAGAAAUACAUCAGAUGGAAAAGAUAUGCCAGAGGGCAGCUUGGAAAAGAGGAAUGUCAUAUAUAUACAUAUAUAUGUAUGUGCGUGUGUUUAAAUUUCUGCAACUGAACUUUUGAAGAAAAUCUGACUGGAGGAAAUUUUAAAAGCCUUAAGUUACUUGAAACCUACACAUUUGCAACUCUUUGUCUCUGGAAUUGCAUUACGCUAAACUGGAAUCUCAGGCUGAAUAAAGAUUAUAUCAAGUUGAGCAAAAAGAUGACUUAACCAUUUCUUGAGCGCCUCUUAUGAAGUAGCUGUUUCUCCAAAGGAUAAGUGCACCCCCACUCUACAGACUCAAAACAAAAAUGAACCUGAAUUUUUUUUUUAAGUGUUACUUUUUCUUAGCCAACUGCCAUCAUCUUUUAUAGAGGAAUUUUUCACUAUGCAUUUGGUGGAUAUUUAUAAACACUGACCCCAUCCUCCUCCCUUUCAAUGAUCUAUCCAGGUCAGUCUUAUCAAUAAAAAAAAAAAAAAAAUUUGAUUUAAAUUUUGUGCACUAGACAUAUUACUUUCUUAUGUCAAAAAAUAAAAUAUUUAAAAAGCAUGUAUGCAGCAGUGGAACAUGGGCCUGUUCUUUGCAGCGAUUCCAACAUCCUCUGCCUGUCCUGGAAAGGCAGAGUCCCCAAAAGUGAGAAGGAGAAACCAGUGUGCAGGAGGCGGUACUAUGAGGAAGGCUGGUUGGCAACGGGCAAUGGCAGAGGAGUUGUAGGCGUCACUUUCACUUCCAGCCAUUGCAGGAGGGACCGGAACACCCCUCAGAGAAUCAACUUCAAUUUGAGGGGCCACAACAGUGAGGUUGUGCUGGUGAGAUGGAAUGAACCAUUCCAGAAAUUAGCAACCUGCGAUGCAGAUGGAGGAAUAUUUGUUUGGAUACAAUAUGAAGGCAGAUGGUCUGUGGAGCUCGUGAACGAUCGUGGGGCACAGGUAAGCGACUUUACAUGGAGCCAUGAUGGGACUCAAGCACUUAUCUCCUAUAGAGAUGGAUUUGUGCUGGUUGGUUCAGUCAGUGGACAAAGACACUGGUCUUCAGAAAUAAACUUGGAGAGUCAGAUCACCUGUGGCAUAUGGACUCCAGAUGACCAACAGGUACUGUUUGGCACUGCUGAUGGACAAGUUAUCGUCAUGGACUGCCAUGGGCGAAUGCUGGCCCACGUGCUCCUUCAUGAGUCAGAUGGCAUCCUCAACAUGUCCUGGAACUACCCCAGCUUCCUGGUGGAGGACAGCAGCGAGAGCGACACGGACUCCGACGACUAUUCCCCACCACAAGAUGGACCAGCUGCCUAUCCAGUCCCGGUGCAGAACACCAAGCCACUACUUACUGUCAGCUUCACGUCAGGAGACAUCAGUUUAAUGAACAAUUAUGAUGACUUGUCUCCUACUAUCAUCCGCUCAGGGUUGAAAGAUGUGGUGGUACAGUGGUGCACACAAGGAGACCUGCUUGCAGUAGCAGGCAUGGAGAAGCAGAACCAGCUGGUUGACCUCAGCAAUGGUUCCCUGCUGAAAAGCGCACUUGUCAAGUUCUACAACGUGCGUGGGGAGCAUAUCUACACUCUGGAGACACCUGUGCAGCGUCCCAUCAUCUCGAUCUGUUGGGGUCACAGGGAUUCCCGCCUGCUGAUGGCUUCUGGGCCCGCGCUGUACGUUGUCAGAGUGGAGCACAGGGUCUCCAGCCUGCAGCUGCUGUGCCAGCAGACCAUCGCCAGCUGCCUGCGGGAUGACAAGGACAUCAGCAAGCUGACCCUACCCCCUCGGCUCUGCUCGUACCUCACCACUGCCUUCAUACCAACAAUCAAGCCUCCAAUCCCAGACCCAAACAAUAUGAGAGAUUUUGUCAGCUACCCAACAGCUGGUAAUGAACGGCUUCACUGCACCAUGAAGCGGACGGAAGAUGACCCAGAGGUUGGUGGUCCAUGUUAUACACUAUACUUGGAAUACCUUGGGGGACUGGUGCCCAUCCUGAAAGGACGUCGUAUCAGCAAGCUGCGGCCGGAGUUUGUCAUCAUGGAUCCUAAAACAGAUGGAAAAGCAGAUGAAAUCUAUGGAAACAGCUUGAUUUCCACUGUGAUUGACAGCUGCAACUGCUCUGACUCCAGCGAUAUCGAACUCAGCGAUGACUGGGCAGCAAAGAAAUCUCCAAAAAUCAGUCGAGCUAGCAAGUCACCUAAACUCCCCAGAAUCAAUAUAGAAGCUCGCAAAUCUCCAAAGAUGUCACGAGCUGCACAGGAGAUCUCAAGAUCACCAAGGUUACCAAUAAGGAAACCCUCUAUUGGUUCUCCAAGCCUGACACGAAGAGAGUUUCCUUUAGAAGAUAUUACUCAGCACAACUAUCUUGCUCAGGUCACAUCUAAUAUCUGGGGAACCAAAUUUAAAAUUGUGGGUUUGGCUGCUUUCCUACCAACUAACCUUGGUGCAGUAAUAUAUAAAACCAGUUUGCUGCAUCUGCAGCCCAGACAAAUGACAAUAUAUCUCCCAGAAGUGCGGAAGAUUUCAAUGGACUACAUUAACAUGCCUGUCUUUAAUCCAAACGUUUUCAGCGAAGACGAGGAUGAUUUACCAGUGCCCGGCGCCCCCGGCGCGCCCGCCAGCAGCCCGCCCUGCACCGUCAACAUCCCCAUCGCGCCCAUCCACAGCUCGGCGCAGGCCAUGUCGCCCACGCAGAGCAUCGGCCUGGUCCAGUCGCUGCUCGCCAACCAGAACGUGCAGCUGGAUGUGCUGGCAAACCCGCCGGCCGAGGCGGGGGGCGACGGGCCGGGGCCCUUCCCGGGGGCUCCGGGCCGCUUCCCCGGUCCCGGGGCGGGGGCGCUGGCCGUGGGCGAGCUGGGCCGCCCGGCCCCGCCGCCGCUCGCCCCGCCGCCCCCCGCGCCCCCCGCCAUCGCCCUGGCCGACCUGCGGGACCACGGCGACCGCGAGCAUGAGCCCCCGCCCAAGGCCAAGGCCCCGCGGCCGGGGCCGCCGCUGGUAGAAGGGGACGCCGUCAUCUUCGGGGCCGCUCAGGAGCUGCAGCUGAACAAGAUGAACCCGCCGCCUCCCUACCCCGGCACCAUCCCCGCCGUGCCCGCCACCCCCCUGCCGCCCCCGCCCGGGCCCCCGCAGCCGCCCCUCGAUCUCUGCCUCAAGAAGGGCGAGUUCUCCCUCUACCCGGCGGGGCACUACCAGACGCCCCUGGGGUACGAGCGGAUAACGACGUUCGACAGCAGCGGGAAUGUGGAGGAGGUGUGCCGGCCUCGCACCAGGAUGCUCUGUGCCCAGAGCACCUACACCCUGCCGGGCCCCGGCAGCUCCGCCACCUUGCGCAUCACAGCUGCCGAGAAGAAGAUGCAGCAGCCCUGUGCCAGCGCCACCUUGAACCGGCUGACGGUCCCCCGUUACUCCAUCCCAGCCGGGGACCCGCCGCCCUACCCUGACAUUGCCAGCCAGCUGUCUCAGGGCAGAAGCAUGACACAGAGGCUGGACAGCAGUAUCAUUCAUGCUACUCUGCGCAGGAACAGCAGAGAGGCAGCCCUGAAAAUGGCUCAGCUGAUGGAUGGUCAGAGAGCCACCUUGCAACUUCCCCCUAAGGCCAAGAGCAACAUUGUGUCAGCACAGUACCAGCAGAGAGUGCCCACAGCCUUGUACACUUGCAGCCAAUGCAGCAGUGGCGCCGCUGGCAGCAGCAGCAGUGCGAGCGCUGGUGGCGCGGGCAACAUCACUAGUGCCAAUGCUGGUAGCAGCACUUCCAGCAUUGGUGGCAUGAGACCAGAUCUGAGCACAGGGAGUGGCUCCCAACACAGCUCUGUCAUUGCUCACUCUGUCAGUACUUCACCUCUGGCCUCCCAGUCCUCCUACAGCUUGCUGAGCCCGCCUGACAAUUCCCGUGACCGAGCGGAUUAUAUCAACUCAGCUUUCACAGAGGAUGAGGCUCUUUCUCAGCACUGCCCAGUGGAGAAAUCAGUGCGGCACGUACCUGUGUCCUUGACAGAGGCUACCCUUAGUGUAAAACGGCCACCGCCGUACCAGUGGGAUCCUAUGGUGAGUGAAGAGAUAUGGGUUCCUCAGGAAAGGACAUCUCAGAGCUCAGUGCCCAACCCUCUAAAACCUCCUCCGCUCAUCAUUGGUCAAGCUCAACAUUUGGAUAUGUCUCGAGUGCCAUUUGUUUCCCCCAAGUCUCCAACCAGUCCCACUGCCACUUUUCAGACGAGUUAUGGGGUUGGAGUACCUUACCCAGGAAGCUACAGUGCCCCACCCCUUCAGGGAAUGCAGGCCCCCUGCUCCCCCAAAGAAGCUCUGGCCCCAACACAGUUUGCACAGCAGGAGCCCACAGUUGUGCUUCAGCCAGGUUAUUCAUCCAACCUCCCCUAUUGCCCUUUGCCGCCCAUGUACCCGGGAAGCAGCACUUGCUCUAGUUUACAGCUGCCACCCAUCGCCUUGCACCCGUGGAGCUCCUACAGCGCCUGCCCACCCGUACAGAACCCCCAGGGCACCUUGCCCCCCAAGCCGCUCCUCGUGGUGGAGAAGCCAGUGAUGUCUCCCCCGCCAGCAGAGCUGCAGGGCCACGUGGGCACAGAAGUAAUGGUGGAGACAGCAGACACUUUUCAGGAGGUGCUCUCCUUGACAGAAAGCCCUGUUCCUCAAAGGACAGACAAAUUUGGCAAGAAGAGCCGGAAACGCCUGGACAGUCGAGCUGAGGAAGGAAAUGUGCAGGCUAUCACUGAGGGCAAAGUCAAAAAGGAGGCAAGGACACUGACUGACUUCAAUUCACUGAUAGCCAGCCCUCGGCUGGGGAGGGAGAAGAAGAAGGUCAAGAGCCAAAAAGAUCAGCUUAAGUCCAAGAAACUAAACAAGACAAAUGAGUUUCAGGACAGUUCAGAGAGUGAGCCGGAGCUUUUUAUCAGCGGAGAUGAACUGAUGAACCAGAGCCAGGGCAGUAAAAAGGGUUGGAAAACUAAAAGGAGUUUGAGGACAGCCAGUGAGCUGGAUGAAUUCAAGUGCCGGAAGGCCAGUGAGAAGGAAGAUGGGCGACUGGGAAGCCAAGGCUUUGUGUAUGUGAUGGCCAACAAGCAGCCACUGUGGAACGAAGCAACGCAAGUCUACCAGCUGGACUUCGGAGGGCGGGUGACCCAGGAGUCGGCAAAAAACUUCCAGAUUGAGCUGGAAGGACGACAGGUGAUGCAGUUUGGAAGAAUUGAUGGCAAUGCUUACAUUUUGGACUUUCAGUAUCCAUUUUCUGCAGUGCAAGCCUUUGCUGUUGCUCUGGCUAAUGUGACUCAACGCCUCAAAUGAAAAAGCAGAGACUGGAGAGAGGAAAAUGUUAACCUUCUCAUAAAGUCCAAACCGGAAAAUGUCAGGGCAGCCUGCUUUAGGUGGGCAGAGAUGCCUGGGAGUUAAGAAGGCAGUAAAACUGGAAAAGUCUCUUGGUGCCCACCAGAAGAGCAUUAACUCUAAUCAGUCAUGGGGUGGAGGGUGGGGGGCUGUUUUCUGUUUGUUUGUUUGUUUGUUAGCUUGUUUGUUUUCUGGUUUCUUUUUCUUUUCAAGCAUUGUGCUGGGUCUCAGAAAGAGCGAAGGGUUGAGAACCAUUCAGUGUUACGUGGAAAAGUGUGGCUUUUGGCUUGUUGUGGUGGUUCUGCUGUGUGUGCUACAGUAGCUGAUGUAAGCUCAUGGGGGAAUUAAAACAGACUGCUCUUUUUGAUA